AUGACCGCACAACAGGGCCAGUUUCUCGCAGGGAAGAGGAUUAUUGUGGCCGGUGGAGGGUUCGCCGGUUUGGCGUUUGUACUUGCGCUCGAUCAGCUAUGGCAAAGCUUAACCCUGGACCGUCCGGAGGUACUCCUGUACGAAGAGAAUGGCCGCGACGAGUCCAUUCAGAAGGACGCGUAUACGCUGUGCAUCAACGGGGCUAGCCAGGAUGACGGGUUGGUCGCUAUUCAACAGUUGGGCCUGUUAGACGAAGUUCGCGAGCAUUCAACCCUCAACGGAGGCGAUAUCCGCGUCUGGUCGGACAAUUGGAAAUGGCUGUCAUCCAUCAACCCGACCGUAUAUGGAAAUCUCCCAGCAGCAACCAUGCGCAUCACCAGACAGAACCUCAAGCGUAUCCUGGUGGAGAGAGUCGAACAGACACAGACCGUCUUGAAAUGGGGCUCGGCCUGUACAUCGGCCGAGCGUCUAUCAAACGGCCAGAUUCGUGUCUCCAUCUCUGAAGAUGUCGGCAGCGCAACUAGUUCCACACUAGACUGUGAUCUUCUUGUGGCGGCCGAUGGUGCCAAUAGUCGCAUUCGGGCCUGCUUCAGACCUAACGAUAUGACAACCCAAUAUGCCGGCGCGACGCAGAUUGGUGGCAUUUCAUACCUUCCAGAUGGACUUCCCAAGCCAAUUGAUCAAGAUUUCAGCCUCCAGAUGUCUUCGGGCGAAGGCGUCUGCUGUAUCUACCAUCCGUUCGACAGCAACACAAUCGACUGGGCACUCAGCACAGUUGGUCCCGAACGCGAAGCGAAAACCAACUUCACCCCCGAUGAAUUCAACCAAUUGAAGCAGGAGGCCCUGAAGACGGCCUCGAUGUUCCAGGAACCAUUCAAAUCAGUCGUCGAGGCCACAAUUCCCGGCACUGCCUUUAUUCGACCUGCAAAAGAAAAGCCUGCCUUCCAACACGAUGCCCGUCUCCACGGGGUGAUGUUCAUCGGUGACGCGAAUCAUAUCCUCAGCCCCUUUGAAUUACUCGGUGCGAAUCUUGCGCUCAAAGACGGUUGGGACCUGGCAGAACAGAUCUGUCGAAACGUUUCUCUUGAUGCGGCCGCUGCCUCUUAUGACAGGUUGAGCAUUCCGCGUUUCCAGCAUGACUUUAAUUUCUCCCAUGAGCGAAUCGGUUUUGGGCACUGCACGGGCAGCAAGUGGAUGUUUUACAAAUAUGGCAUGGCUGCGCAACGGGCACUGAAGAAGGUCCAUUGA